GAAGGCCGAAUUUUCGCGAGUGAUUGCGCAAUUGAGUGCGUGGAGAGAGUGCGCGAGGCUGACGCUCAGACAGACAGCAGUCGAGCUCGAGCUCGAAGAGUGAGCGAGUGAAGCUUUCGAGGUAGUCAGCUAUGGCGGUGAUGGCUGCCAUGGGCAGCUUGACGGGCUUGUCGUCGUCGCCGGCGUCCUUGGCUUCGCAGGCCACGCGCUCAAGCUUGCGCAGCUGCAGCAAGAGCUCCGCGGCCAUCGGCCUGCCGGCAAUUUGUUUCGGCACGGAGGGCAUGCGGGUGCGCAGUCGCCAAUUGAUUGCUCGCGCCGCUUCGGUCGAGGAGGAGCGAUCGGGAGCCGUAGUGGCGACCGAGGCUGAGGUCGUCGGGGAGAGCCUCACCAGCCUGGGAAGCGGCAGUGGGCUCGAGAACGCAUGGCUCAGCGCCGGAAUUGCCCUGUCUCCACUCCUGCUCGGUAUUCAGGAUGCGAAUGCUGUGGAAGGAGAAUUGGGAAUAUUGGAGGGGCGGUCUUUCGCACUCUUGCACCCUUUGGUCAUGGGCAGCCUGUUAGCUUUCACACUCUAUGCAGGAUACCUUGGCUGGCAGUGGAGACGUGUGAGAACCAUCCAAACCGAGAUCAGUGAACUGAAGAAGCAAGUCAAACCUGUCGCAGUCGCAGCAGGAGAGAAGUCCGCAACUCCGUCACCUCCCUCCCCUUUGGAAUCUGAGAUCACCAAACUCACCGAGGAAAGGAAGGAGCUUGUGAAAGGUAACUUCAAAGACAAGCACUUCAAUGCCGGUUCGAUCUUGCUCGGAGGGGGUGUGCUCACGUCAGUUGGAGGGUGCUUGAAUACAUAUGCGCGUACAGGAAAGCUCUUUCCAGGACCUCACCUGUUUGCAGGCGCAGGCAUCACCGUUCUGUGGGCCUUGGCUGCCGCACUGGUCCCCGCAAUGCAAAAGGGCGACGAAAGGGCUCGCAGCUUGCACAUCGGUCUGAACGCCCUCAACGUCGUUCUCUUCUUGUGGCAAGUUCCGACGGGCUUGGAAAUCGUGGGGAAAGUGUUCGAGUUCACGAGCUGGCCUUGAGAGUGGACUCUCGCCGGCCAUGGUUUGCGUGUCCUCGAGUUGAUGAACUUUUCCACGGGGUUCGUUCGGUAUUCGUGUUGUUGGAGUCUACUGCACAACGGAGCGGAGCGGAGCGGAGGAGUGGAGUGGGAGUGGAUGUGGGGUUGCAGCUGCUCCCCUGCCGAGCCUGCUCGUGUCCACGAACAAAAGAUGGCGGCAUCUUGUGUAAAGUAUACAUCAUCAUCAUCAUCAAGUUCUUCAACUUAUUUGCACCAGCGAGGCGUACGUAUGCCGAUGUACAUGUAUCACGGAGAGGCGGUGCAGCUAGAGGGACUGAAAACAAUGCCAGUGGCAAACCUAACUUGUAAAUCAUUUUGUCGAACAAACUGCUUGUCAAUGAAAUCAUACUGUCC